CACGGUAUAAAUAUCAAUGAAAAAGAUAAUGAUGGAAGAACCGCUCUUCAUUUUGCAGCAUUUUAUAAUAAUAGAGAAACAGCCGAAAUUCUUAUUUCGCAUGGUAUAAAUAUCAAUGAAAAAGAUAAUGAUGGACAAACCGCUCUUUUUGAGGCAGCAUUUUAUAAUAGUAGAGAAAUAGCCGAACUUCUUAUUUCACACGGUAUAAAUAUCAAUGAAAAAGAUAAUGAUGGAAAAACCGCUCUUUUUGAUGCAGCACUAGAAAAUAGUAGAGAAACAGCCAAACUUCUUAUUUAG